AUGCGCGCCUGGAAGGCGGUGGCCAGCACGCUGGCGCUCAGCGGGGCUGAUGUGGUGGUCACCACGCUGCUCUACACCCACGGCCAGGGCGGCCGGAAUGUCCUGCAGGACCUGCGGCACUUCAACAUCUUCAACUCUCUGCUGGACAUCUGGGGGGGCUGCCUGUACCGCAGCUGUGUGCUGCUGGGGGCCGCCAUCGGCGUGGCCACCAACACGGCCUAUGGCCCCCGGCGCCUGCGGGCAUCGCGGACCUUCAUCGCCGUCGUCUGCCUCCUCAUGGGCAUCUACAUGAUGGUGAAGCUGCUGCUCUACUCCGAGGUGCGGAAGACCAUCAGGGACCCCUGGUUCUGGGGGCUCUUUGCCUGGACCUACGUGGCGCUGGCGGCCACCUUCGGGCUGUGGCAGCUGCUGGCCUGUGUCACCUCUUCCCGUGAGGCGCUGGGGCCCGGCUCCGAGUCCCGUGCUGAGGUGGAGGAGAGCUGUGAUGGGGGCACCCCGAGGGACAAGAGGGAGGAGGCAGCAGGUCCCACCAUCCAUAAACUGCUGUCCUACACCAAGCCUGAUGCCUUCUUCCUGGGCAUCGCCUCCUUCUUCCUCCUUGUGGCCGCCUUGGGAGAGACCUUCCUGCCCUACUACACGGGGCUGGCCAUCGACGGCAUCGUGGUGCAGAAGAGCAUGGAUCGCUUCUCCACAGCAGUGCUGGUCAUGUCACUGCUCGCCAUAGGAAGCUCAUUUGCCGCAGGUAUCCGGGGCGGCGUUUUUACGCUCAUCUUCGCAAGACUGAACAUCCGCCUUCGCAACUGCCUCUUCAGGUCACUGGUGUCUCAGGAGAUGAGUUUUUUUGAUGAGAAUCGCACAGGGGACGUCAUCUCCCGCCUGACGUCGGACACGACCAUCGUGAGUGACCUGGUCUCCCAGAACAUCAACAUCUUCCUGCGCAACGUGGUGAAGGCCACGGGCGUCAUCUUCUUCAUGUUCAGCCUCUCCUGGAAGCUCUCCCUGGUCACCUUCAUGGGCUUCCCCAUCAUCAUGCUGGUGUCUGAUGUCUAUGGGAAGUACUACCAGAAGCUCUCCAAGGAUGUGCAGAGCGCUCUGGCCAAGGCCAACAACACGGCUGAGGAGACCAUCUCGGCCAUGAAGACUGUCCGCAGCUUCGCCAAUGAGGAGACGGAGGCCAACGUGUACUGGCAGAAGCUGCAGCAGGUGUACAAGCUCAACAAGAGGGAGGCCAUGGCUUACACCUACUACGUCUGGUCCAGCGGGCUGACCCUGCUGGUGGUCCAGGUCAGCAUCCUUUACUACGGUGGGCACCUCGUGAUCUCUGGGCAAAUGACAAGUGGAAAUCUGAUAUCUUUCAUCAUUUAUGAGUUUGUCUUGGGAGACUGCAUGGAGUCCAUUGGCUCUGUGUACAGUGGCCUCAUGCAGGGAGUGGGGGCUGCUGAGAAGGUCUUUGAGUUCAUCGACCGCAAGCCCACGAUGGUGCACGACGGGUCCCUGGCCCCGGAUCACGUGGAUGGGAAGGUGGAGUUCAGGAAUGUCACCUUUUCCUACCGCACUCGCUCCGCGACGCAGGUGCUGCAGAACGUGUCCUUCACCCUGCACCCUGGCAAAGUGACAGCACUGGUGGGCCCUUCAGGGAGUGGGAAGAGCUCCUGUGUCAACAUCCUGGAGAACUUCUACCCUCUGCAGGACGGGCAGGUGCUGCUGGAUGGGCGUCCCAUUAACAUGUACGAUCACAAGUACCUGCACUCCGUGAUCUCCCUGGUGAGCCAGGAGCCCGUGCUGUUUGCCCGCUCCAUUGCAGAUAAUAUUUCCUAUGGCUUAACUUCAGCCUCCUUCGAGUCAGUGGUUCAGGCUGCCCAGAAAGCCAACGCCCACAACUUCAUCACCGAGCUCCAGGACGGCUACCACACAGAGGCAGGUGAAAAGGGAGCUCAGCUGUCAGGUGGGCAGAAGCAGAGGGUGGCGAUUGCCAGGGCCUUGAUCCGAGCCCCUCCCAUCCUCAUCCUGGAUGAAGCCACGAGCGCUCUGGAUGCAGAGAGCGAGCACGCGAUCCAGCAGGCGAUCUACGGCGACUUGCAGAACCACACGGUGCUCGUCAUAGCUCACAGGCUGAGCACUGUGGAGAGGGCACACAACAUCAUUGUGCUGGACAAGGGCCGCGUGGUGCAGCAGGGCUCGCACAAGGAGCUGAUGGAAGAAGGAGGCCUUUAUUCCAAGCUGGUGCAGAGACAAAUCCUGGGGCUGGAGGGCGGCGGCACGGACAGCGUGCAGCCUGCAGCCCGGGGGGAUGCGGUGAAGGCGCCUGGUGGGCUGGAGGAGGAGUUCAGGAUAGACCAUUCCCUGGCACAGGACGAUUUCACCAACGCUGCUCCCAAGUGAGGGCGGCCGCGGCCGGC